GGGGUGGGAGGGGGCAAGCCAAAAAAAAGCUACACUCGCGCCCAAGAGGCUGGACACGGAGCGCGAGAGCGUGCUAAGAAGAGACUGUCCGAGGAUGACUCUGGGCACGGACGCGUCCGAUAGCUCGGCGCCGUCCGCGGACGACGUGGAGGACAUCGACGUGGUCGGCGGCGACGUGGCCACGACGCAGGACGCGAGGUACGCGCCGCGGCGCGCGCCCUUCAGACCGGAUUUGGACGUGGACGUGGAGGACGACGUUGACGACGACGAGGACGACGAGGUUGACCUGGACGAUGUACCUAGGCACGGGGUGCCAAACCAAGACGGCAGCGACGAGGGAUUGGUCGUGGACGUCAGUGGCGGCGCGCAAAGUCCAGGCGACUCCGUGGCCACUGUCCCCACGGACAAGUCGUCCAAAAACGCGCUUGUGAAGCCGCCGUACUCGUACAUCGCCCUGAUCACCAUGGCCAUCCUGCAAAGCCCCAAGAAGCGCCUCACGCUCAGCGAGAUCUGCGAGUUUAUCAGUGGACGCUUCCCAUACUACCGCGAGAAGUUUCCCGCGUGGCAGAACUCCAUCCGUCACAACCUGUCUCUCAACGACUGCUUCGUGAAGAUCCCACGCGAACCGGGUAACCCCGGAAAGGGCAACUAUUGGACGCUGGACCCCGAGUCUGCGGACAUGUUCGACAACGGCAGCUUCCUUCGGCGCCGCAAGCGUUUCAAGCGCCACCAGGGCGGCGACAUCCUGCGGGACACUGGAGGCUUCCUCCCGGGAUUUUACCCCCCUUACGGCUACGGCUACGGCCUCCAUUUGCAAACCUUGCACGUGCCCCCUCCUCAUCACCAUCACCCUCACCACCCUCACCAUCCUCACCACCAUCACCACCCUUACCAUCCAGCCCACACUGGGGCAACUUUCCCGUUCCAAGGCGGGCCGUGCGCCCUCGCUACGCCAACGUCCGUUUUCUCGCCACCUCCUCCACCACCACCUCCACCACUGUCUUCAUCGACUUCAUCCCUUCUCGGGGCAGAUCUGAGGAAGCCCUUCUACCCCGAGACAGGGGUGGUGGCACGAGCGCACAAGCUGGACUCUAGUGGUAAUGGGACUGGAACCGGCACUGGUACUGGUAGCGCGCCCGGGCGCCCUUCUCCAUUCUCCAUAGACAACAUCAUUGGUGCCGCGCCUCCGCCAUCCUACAGCCCAAACGCGGCGGCUCAAGUGUUGGCCGUGAUCGCGCCCUCGCUCGCGCCCUCGCUUGCGCCGCCACAGCUGCGCAAUCAGACUUUCUCCAGCAAGAACCUGAACGGCUGCCACUUCUGACUGGACUUGAACUUGAAGCAGCCUUUUUUUAUUGUUUAGAGAAAAGACAGACAAAACUCGUUUCAUAAGGUAGGAUUGACAUUUCGUGUUUUGAUUUUGGGAUAAAGUCUCAGUUUAUUCUCUUCUGAGGGUGGGGGAUAAUGGAUUGAGGGGCACAGUAUUGCUGGAUUCUGAUAUUAUGGGACGUCAGGUAAUGUAGAAAAUACAAAUGUUUUAAAAAUGCCAACUUUACAGUAAAAGGAUAAGGUUUAUUUAAAAAAUAUAUAUUAUUCGGAGCAUUUAUUUUGGUCGAUUCGUCGUGAAAAUGUGCACCAUAUAAAGAAAGCAAAAGUACAUAGAAUGACAAAAAAAUGUGUAGUCACGUCAGAUCCAUUCUGAGUUUGUUCAAUAAAUAGUUCAAUAGACUUAACAAAUGGAAAAACAGAUAGGUGCUAUUGCUUAAACAUACCAUUAUCUGUUUUCAUUUUGUAAACGAACUACUCAUAUUAUAGUAACCAAAUACUUUUGAUUUAAAUAUUUUUUAUUUUACAUUUUAGAAAGUAAAUUAAAAUAAUAAUUUUGAACAUUGAAGAAAAACUCAAGGCGACCUUUAAAACGAAAUUCAAUCUAAAUUCAGUAAGAGCAUUCCGGGGUUACUGACACUUAAUAAACAAAGCCUUGUUUGUUCAAAGUAAAUGCACUUAAUUAUUUCUUUCUACAUAGACAAAAAGUAAAACUAAAAAAUCUUGAAAUGCAAAACGCAUUUUAUUUUACUGUGGGAAAAUUAAAAUCAAAGUAAACUAUUGAAACUGAUGUCCCAUAAUAUCUGAUUUACCCCGCAAAUAAUUAGGUUAUAUUUAUGAACUGUAAAUAUGUACAAUAGAAACAUCUCGAAGGCACACAAUGUAAGAUCAUUAUAAAAACAGUUUGAGGUUAAAAGGUUAAAAUUUCACCCUCCAGAAUAUUGGACAAGAAACACGCCCCCAUCCAUUUCGCUCGUUGUCCUGGAACCCCUGUCCGUGGGCUUUAAUGAAGAUUGUCAUUGCUAUUGUAAUGGUUUAUAUAUAUAUAUAUAUAUUUAGGUGAGUGAGUUUGUGAAAAGCACUGUACAAUAAUAAUAAUGAUGAUUAUAAUAAUGAUAAAAAAUAAUAACAGCAGCGAGAGCGAAAACUCAGGUUGAACUCGUUUCUAUGAAGAAGCACAUGGUUGGAGAGUUGGACAGUGGGGUUGUAAAUAGAUCACCCAGGCUGACUCCCACUGCCCUCCCAACACGUGGCUGUGGUGGUGAAUUUAGAGUUAUUUUUAUGUUUAUUUUAUGUGGCGUUGAUGUAAAUCGCAUUACCUCUCAUUUUGUUCUGUGCAUACAGUCUUAUUAUUAUUAUUAUUUACAUUGAAAAUAAUCUGUGAAGAGAAUGUUGUUCUAUGUGUAAAGACGGAUACAACCCGUCAUGUCCAUAGGUCAUUUUGUUGUAAUGAUAAGAAAAUAAAUGUUUUGUGAAUUUGAAAAA